UCAGGAUGUACCAUGCUACGAGGCACUCUUUCACAUGCCGGUAAAGGGCUGCACAUCAAUUAUGUCUCAACCUGUCUGAUCCCGAAACGCUGCAUCGCUGCCUCCUCUCCGGUAUGGGUAAAGAAAAUGCCAGAUCGACCGGGGCCUGUCAACGAGGAUGAAUUCACGGAAGCAUUCUUGAAAGGAAGUGGGCCUGGAGGACAGAAGAUUAAUAAAACUUCUUCCGCGGUGCAGUUGAAGCACAUCCCCACCGGCAUUGUUCUCAAGGUACAAGCUACACGCUCUCGAACGCAGAAUCGCAAAAUUGCAAGGCAGAUGCUCGCAGACAGAAUCGAAGAGUUAGAGAAGGGCAAGGAAAGUCGGACCGCGGUUGUGGGCGAAACGAAGAAGAAGAGGAAGUCAAGUGCUGUUAAGAAAAGUAAGAGGAAGUACCGACUUUUGGAGGAAGCCAAAGCAGAGAAAGGUGUUGGUGAUGCUGGCGCCGAAGACACAAGUCAGUCAUAA